CAAAGCCGUGGUUGAGGGAGCUUACUGGUUAAGAAGGUGAGAGAGGAAUGUUAUAAGAAGAUUGGCUAGUACAUUUGGACACAAAAUACAGGUUUUUACAGUUUGUUACUUUUGAAGGUGAUUACAAGCGUAACAACGGACAGCCAUAGAGGGCCAGGGGGUGCAUCUCAGUGCUCGGGAGGAAGGGACGAACCCCCCCGUCCAUCAACCACAAGCGUAGGCGCCUGUGCCAUUCGCCGAUGGGUACCUCCAAGCAGCAUUAAACGAGAUGCAAUCACCCCUGAAGAAAGAAAUGACCUCGUUUUUCGUAGAGUUCGUGGGAUCCUUAACAAGCUUACCCCAGAGAAGUUCUUCAAGCUGAGUGAGGAGUUGCUCAGCAUUGGCCUCGAUACUACUCAGAUCCUGAAAGGAAUUAUUCUUCUGAUCUUUGACAAAGCAUUGGAUGAGCCGAAGUACAGUUCUAUGUAUGCUCUCCUAUGUCGUAAAUUAUGUGAAGAAGCCCCAAACUUUGAUCCUCCAAGUAAUUCUAGCUUUUCCGGAAAUACUUUUCGACGACUACUCCUAGCCAAGUGUCAAGAUGAAUUUGAGAAUCGUAGGAAGGCUUCCGAAGCCUUUGACAAAAGAGAUGGACCACUUACUCCAGAAGAAGAAGAACAGCGAGGUAUUGCCAAGCACAAGAUGCUUGGAAACAUUAAGUUCAUUGGUGAGCUUGGGAAGCAAGGUCUUUUACAUGAGGCCAUUUUGCACCAGUGCAUCCAGCAACUGCUUGCCAAGAAGAAGAGACAGGGGGUUAAGGAUACAUCUGAAGACCUCGAAUGUCUCUGUCAGAUAAUGAAAACUGUGGGCCGGCGUCUUGACAUUGACAAGGCGAGGUCCUUGAUGAACCAAUACUUUGAUCGAAUGCAGACGUUUGCUGAAAACAAUGAUCUGCCAUCUCGUAUACGCUUUAUGCUUCAGGAUGUCUUGGAGCUGAGAAGGAACAAGUGGGUUCCACGAAGGGUACUUGCAGAACAAGGCCCUCGAACCAUUCAUCAGAUUCGAGAAGAAGCAGCUAAAGAUUAUGGUGUGUACACACCUAAUUCUUGUGUGAUAGGAGGAAGAAACAUGCAGGUUCCCACUCCUCCUUUACUGAUGGGAGUCAAAGGUCGUGGUGGAAUGGAUGAUGUGUUUGGACCUUUACCGAUAGGUGUUGGGAACUUGGGUACAGGACCAGGAGUCAUCUCAGCUGAUGGGUUUCACUCCUACUCAGGAAACAUGGGUCGUCCUAAUCGUGCUAAUAUGAAUAAUUCUGCAGGUUUUCUAGGUGUUGUGGGCUCCUCUCAUCCAUUUUUUGGCCAGAACCGGCCUAAUCAACCACCACAAAACAGAGAUCGAGAUCAAGACUUAUUCCCUGCCUUUCAACAGCGACAACAGAAUCAAAACCAGACUUCGGGUGGCUUUAGUGGGUCUGGAAGCAACAGAGAACUGCCACCUCGUUUCUUAAAGAAAGCUCUUCAGCAACAGCCAGGAAGUGCUGAUGAGAUAAGUUUACGACCAGCACAAAAUUCCAUGGUUUUAAAACCUAAAGCAUCACCUACAAAUAGUCUUAUGAAAGGACAGAGCCGUUCAUCCUCGGCUCCUCAACCAGGAAAUGGACCCACAAGUGCUCUAGUGCGAGAACUUUCUCCAAAUUCUGGACUCGUGCAAAAACCAACUACUACAAACCCAUUGCAUCCUAAAGAGGGUCCAAUUGUGAUAAAACAAACUUUUCAAGAGAAGAACAAAACAAACAAACAAGGACCAGGAAAAGAGGAAGUGUUAAAGAAAAGUGAUGAAAUGAUGAGUGAGCUGUUUAAACACCAAAAUACAGAAGAAGCAAGUAUUGCAUUUAAAGACAUCAAAGUUCCCAAAAAGUUUAUCGCUGAAGUUUUGUAUCAGCUAAUGAUUAAAACUUUGGAGAAAUCCGAAAAUGAUCGUGAGCUACUGUGUGGUUUUUUUGUUGAACUUAAAAAAACUGGACAACUUAAGAGCUCUGCUUUCUUAGAGGCUCUGAAGUUAGUGUCAGAACAGAUUUCAGAAUUGGAGGCUGAUGUGCCUCGUGUCAAGUCUUAUGUUGCAGCAUUUGCAGCUCGUGGCAUUUCAGAUAAUCUGGCAACCUUGGGUGAAGUAGCCGAGCCUUUAGAGGGCGGAGCACACUAUCCGAUGUUUCUGCUUUGUCUUCAGCAUCUUCACAAAGUGAUGGGACGAAAAUGGCUCACUCAGAUCUUUAAUGAGAGUAAAAUUCACCUUCUCUCAAUGUUGCGAGAAAGUGAUAGAACCAAAGAGCGACUUGCUGAUAUUCUAGAAGAUCGAGGACUGAGUUUCUUGCUGCCUCUACUCAGAAUACAGUCAGACUUAUGGAAGCAGAUACAAGCUGAUCCCAGUCCAACAACUUUUUACAAAUGGAUAAAGGAUAAUGUUGACUCAUCUCAAUUCAUUGCUCCAGGUUUUAUAUAUGCGUUAGCUUCUUGUUUAAUCAAGUUCAUCACCAUGGAAACAACGUUAAGUGAUGACACUGAUAAUAACUCUCCUCCUGAGAAAGUGACGGUUGAACAAGAGAAAGAACUGCUUGAAAAAUUUAAGCCGGUUUUUGAUGCUUUCUUGACUGAAAAUACCUCCCUGCAGUUGGUGGUUUUGUAUGCCUUGCAGGUGUACUGCUUCAACCAAAGUUUUCCAAAAGGAAUGUUGUUGCGAUGGUUUAUGAACCUCUACGAUUUGGAAAUAAUUGAAGAAGAUGCAUUUCUGACUUGGAAGGAGGAUGUCAAUGAUGAGUAUCCAGGCAAAGGAAAAGCCCUGUUUCAGGUAAACCAGUGGCUAACCUGGCUGGAAGAAGCAGAAGAAGAAGAUGCUUCUGAUGAAGGAGAAAACUAAACUACUUGCUCUCAGAAUUGUGUGUUGAGAAAGCAUUUUGGUAUGUCUGUCUGUAGGAGAAAGUGAAUAAUUAACAGAUGAAAGUAUGGCUUAUUCUACCUAUAAUCAUGACCCUGUGAGGCCAUUUAGCAGCAUUUCAGGUCUUAGGAAUCACGAAAAGAUUGUGUCUGUCUGUCAAGCUGGGUGGCAAUCACUCACCGAGUGGAUUUCUAAACAGUCCAUAAGUUGCUCUUUUAUACAUAAUUUACUUUAAAUCACCGAUGCUGGUUAUGCCUCUGGAGUCGCCGUCUUGAAUGCAUGAAUUUUGCUGUUUCCAGGUCUGGUGUCAGGUUUUUAUUUUGUAGCUAAUGUCUUCAACACAGAUUCCAGAUACACUGUUGGGACAGCAUGUGGUUUUUAAGUGAUGACAUUGUCCAGAGGAAGUAUGAAAAUAGCCUCAGUAUGGUUGUUCAGAACAUACAAAUUCCAGAGCGUCUGUACAGUUGUUUUAGUUCUUUCUUACCCAUAAAUAGAAAACAUUUGACUUAAUCAUUAAGAAUAUGAUAAGGAUUAUGAAGCGUUUGGAAACCUAAAAGAUCUGAUAGGUAACAAGCUUAGAUGCUGAUUUUUGUGUUUAUUGAAUUGGAAUUAAAUAUCAUGAAAUGAGAGAAAUAUAAGAACUUUUAAAAUUUACUUCUUAGUGUAUUACGUAAGUGUUGUGCUACAUUAUGGUAUUCAUUUUGAAUUUCAUUAUCCAGUACUCAAAAAUUCUGUUAGUACAUUACAGUGUGCUUCUAUCUGGGACAAACCCACUGCCCCCCCUCCCCAAAUCUAAGAGAGAGUAAAUUUUACAAAAUUAUGCUUCUUUUCUUUUUUUAUGAAACCUGAGUACCUCCAUGAUAGGUGUUUUGAUAAUGUUGACUGGACUGUGAUCAUGUUAUGUUGGAAAGUUUUCUCUAAAGUUAAUGUAGACAUAAGCUUGUUCUCUGCAAUAUGCCUUUCAGGGUGUUUUGUGGAAUUUUUCUCGCACAUACAGAAUGUGAAUGCUAGAGAAAAUACCAAACUCGUAUAAUGAAUUUCAUCAUUUCCUAAAUCUAAAAUACAAGAAAAGAUUCUUAAUCUCUUUUAAAAGCUUGAUCUCGAGUAGAUCAAAAUGUUGAUGAUGCUCCUUUGUAUGUGAAGGGUUUUCGAUUAAAAGAAAGUAACGAUCUUUGAAAGUAAUCUCCUGCAAAAAAAAAUCUUCCAUAUUUUUUUUCUAAAAUUUGGUAUAGUUAAAAAAAAUGUUAAAAUAUCUAAUCUUUAAUAAAGAUAUGUUGAUUAUGCAUAAAAUUUUCUCCAGUGUUUUUCUUUUAAGUUAUUUCUCAGUUUUUCAUUUAAACAUAGGUUUAUAUAAAACUUGUUUUUGUCCCUUUUGUAGUUAGUGCAAGCUAUAGAAAAAAUCUAUUGAAACUGUAUGUUCUAGUUCAUAUUUAUGUGUUGAAUUAUGCAUCACAGAUGAAAAGAUGUUAAAUUAAUAAUUUUGUAAUUGAAGUUAUUUUAAAUCUAUUUUCUUUCAAUUAUAAACUGCUGUAAAAGUUCUGGUUUUAAAGUGAAAAGAAAAACGUUGGUAAAAGGUGACGUGAUAUACUUGUUCAAGAUAUGUGAUGGGUUAGAUGAUGCUUGACAUAAAUCUGUAAACCAGUUUGUAGAAUACUGUUAUCUUCUGAGAUCUUUCAAAACUAGCUUGAUUUUGUUUUUAGAACUAAUUCUGCAUUGAACUUUGUGGGAUUAACUAAUUCUGUGUCUUUUUAUGUCUGUAUGAAAAUUAAUAUUUAGGUGGUUUUAGGCUUAGUUCAUUUGUGUUUUUAAGUGCAUUAACUUGAACGUGUGAGUAGCUGUACUGUUACAAAACAUAAACCAGGUGACUGAUCGUGAAAUGAGACACGAACAUUGAUGGGGAUCAGCAGUUUUAUAAAUUGAUUGAUGUAGAAACUAGAUCUUAAUUUAAAAUUCUGUAAGGAUUAGCCCUGGUUACAAUAUUUUCUAGUUGUCCUCAUUUCAAGCGUUGUGAGGUGUUCUACAAAUCUGUUCAUAUCCUAGCCUUUUGAUAUAUUGGUUUAGAUGAGUAUUUCAUGUCUUGUAUUUAAAGAGCGUGGUUCUGUUAAGUGUUAGGAAAAUGUGUUUGUGUUACAGAUCCAGUUUGUGGGAUAACAAACAUUACUUACGGCCAACAAUCUGGAAUGUUUCCAAUAAAUAGUGAAUCAAAAUCACCAUGUAA